AUGUCCUGCGCAAUAACUCCACUAUCACCAAGAUGGCGUUACGCGAUCGAAAGACGUAUUGAAGAUGAACGACAACUCACCAUUCGAGCCGUGGGAGACGGGGCCAGACUGCAACCUGGACAUUUCUGGGAUUUACCUGGCACAUUUUUAUUCGCUAUUUACGUUAUGACGGCUUUGGGUUUCGGCGCUCCAGUACCGCAUACUCUAUGGGGACGAACAUCCGCAUUAUUGUACGCUGUUCUAGCGAUUCCAACUCAUAUAUAUCUAAUGAUGAAUGCAAGUACUUGUAUGAUAGUUCACUUGGAAGAAUAUACGAAGCAUUUGAAGGACAACUUUUGCGGAAAAUUUCGAGAACAUAAAGAAGACUCUGUGAACAAAAGAGAAAACGUCAGCUGUAGUCGUGCCCCUGAAAUAACGAAAUCAACGAGCAGAUUGAAAGUAUGCAGAAAAAUCAUUCGAUGUUUCGGGAUAAUCGGAGCCGGUCGCUGCGUGCCUCUCGCCACAAUCUCGUAUUACAUAAUUGGUGUGGUAGCAUUCGGAAUACUACGGAGUAAGACGCCUUUAGAAACCGCUAUGUUUCCAUUAGAAUUCACUACCACUGGAGGAUUGGAACACGUAGAGGGCUACGUGCGUAUUUUCUACGGUUUUUACGUGGAAGGUGCAAUGUGUCUGUUGGCAUGUGUUCUUGCAAUAGUGCGGCGACAUGGAAGUUCAAUUUUUUCAAGUAUAUCAGAACCUUGCAGAUUGUUUGAAACAGAUACAUGUGAACAAUGCUCUAGCAGUAAAGAAAGAGUUUAA